AUAAGCCUUUCCUUUGCUUGGAAUUCAGCUUCUUCUGCCACUGCUUUUUCAUUUCAUGUAUUAGUUCAUAAUAACAAAUGUCGGCUUAUCUUUAUGUGCAAAAUCCAACUAAAGUUUGGAAUCUAUGCCUUGUGCUAGAGAUUAAUGUGGGGCAAUGGGUUAUGCAUAUUUUGUUUUGAACUUUGUGCUGGACAAAAUCUUAAGCAGUGGUUUUGAUGUUGAUUCAUAUGAGAAACCCAUGAUCAAUGGGGACUUUGCAUUAACAUCUUUGAAAUUUGUCCUCAUUGCAUUAUUGGGUUUUUGUGAUUACAUAAUCUAUUUAGCUUUUCUGGAAUUGGGUAUUCAUGAAAGUGUGAGGGUUGGUUUGAGCAUUGUACUUUACUUUCCUCAAACCAUUUAUUCUUUUACUUUAUUCUUAGAAUUUUUGCACUCAGAUAGUGCAAUAGGGAUAUAUUUUCCUGAAGCUGCAAUCUCUGGAAAUACUCUGCUGCCUUCUGUGUUUCUGGAUUUCAUUUUCCAACAGUUUCACUAGCAAUCUGAUUAUUGUUUCAUUGGGACUCUUGUAGGUUCAUGUUGUUUUACUUCAUUUUGUCAAUAGUAUUGUUUUCUCAAAGAGUCCCCCUUCAUUUCAUAUAAUAGUGAGUGAACAAUUAGAGAAGGAAAAGUAAAGCCAUGAGUUUUUUAACAGGGUCCUCAAAAGAUUCUUGGCAUCCAAUCAUGACUGGUGAUACAACAACCUCAAGUUACUGGAUGAAUUGGAGGGUCUUGCUGUGUGCCAUAUGGGUUUCAAUUACGAUCACUUUCGCAUUCACUCUAAUAUGGAAACAUGAAGGUUUCCGCAAACGCCAUAGCCCAGAAACCCAGCAAGAAAGUGAAGGAGGUUUGUAUGAUGAUGAAACUUGGAAGCCAUGUUUGAAAGGAAUCCACCCAGCUUGGUUGUUGAGUUUCAGAGUUCUUGCUUUCUUGGUGCUUUUAGCACUGCUCAUUGCCACUGCUUUAACAGAUGGAGGCAGCAUAUUUUACUAUUACACUCAGUGGACUUUUACAUCAAUCACCAUUUAUUUUGGGCUUGGAUCAUUGCUCUCCAUGCGUGGCUGUUACCAAUAUCAUAAGAAAGCUGGAGGUGACAGAGUUGAUAAUGUAGAGGUGGAUACAGAGCUAGGUUCUUGUGUAUCUACUUCAGAUAGCCAAGAUUCCAAAAUGUCAAACCCAUCCAAAAUCUCAGGCCCCAAUACACAAUGUCAUGUACGUGAACCUGCAGGCUUCUGGGGUUAUGUCUUUCAAAUAAUUUUUCAGAUGAAUGCAGGUGCUGUUUUGCUCACAGAUUGUGUCUUUUGGUUUAUAAUUGUUCCAUUUCUUCUGAUCAAAGAUUACAACCUAAAUUUUCUGGUUAUAAAUAUGCACUCAAUCAAUGCUGUUUUCCUGCUUGGUGAGACGGCUUUGAAUUGCUUGAGGUUUUCUUGGUUUCGAAUUGGAUAUUUCUGCCUAUGGACAGUCGUUUAUGUGAUUUUUCAGUGGAUACUACAUGCUUGUGUCAAACUUUGGUGGCCAUAUCCCUUUCUUGACUUGUCAUCUCCGUAUGCUCCACUAUGGUACUUAUCGGUGGCACUAAUGCAUAUCCCAUGCUAUGGCAUCUUUGUUCUGAUUAUGAAGCUGAAACACUUGGUACUAUCAGCGAAGUUCCCCCAGUCCUAUCAGUGCUUGAGAUAACUUGCUCGGAAAGACAGCCUGAAGCAAAACCAGAUUUAAAUUACCUAUAGAAUUUUUAAAUUUAUUCAAUGAAGGACAACAAAAAAGAGAAAAAUACCAAAGAUAACACUUGAGAAUUUAUUCAUUCAUGUAUGAAACAAAUUCAUAACAAAAUUCUUCAAUAUAGUUAUAGUAAGUUUUGAAA